CUUUACUAUAUGAACAACUGCGAAUGAUGGGAAGUGCAAGUUCAUUAUCUUGACGCAAUUCCUAAAUCGCAAAAAUGACAACCAAAGAAGCGACGGUGUUUAUUGUCGACCUCGGUGCGACCAUGGGCGCCAGGCGUCAUGGUCGCACCCAGACCGAUCUCGAUUGGGCACUGGAAUACGUCUGGGAUCGGAUCACGACCGUCAUUGCAACGGGACGCAAGACUAAUCUCGUUGGCGUUGUCGGACUAAGAACAGAUGACUCGGAUAAUGUCCUGGCAGAAGAGGAGCAUUACCAACACAUUUCCGUGCUCCAGCCAAUCGACCAAAUCCUGAUGCCGCAACUCAGACAGUUGAGGGAGUCGCUGAAGGUGUCGGCGACUGAGAUCGGAGAUGCCAUCUCAGCUGUUGUGAUUGCUGUUCAGAUGAUCAUGGAGAAAUGCAAGAAGUUGCAGUACAUUCGACGAAUCGUUCUUAUCACUGAUGCGAGAGCACCGAUGUUGACAGACGAUCUAUCCAAGAUUCGUAAGAAGAUUUCGGAGGAUAAGAUCGAGCUGCUCGUUUUGGGCGUCGACUUCGAUGAUGCCGAGUAUGGCUUCAAGGAGGAAGCCAAGGAUUCGAUCAAAGAAGAGAAUGAAGCGAUUCUCAAAACGUUGUGCGAGGAUUGUGGAGGAAUGUACGGCACACUCGCGCAGGCCAUCGAAGAAAGCGAGAUCCCCAGAGUCAAAACGACGCGACCAAUCGCUUCUUUCAAGGGGCUGUUGACGCUCGGGAACCCCAGCGAAUACGAAACCGCCAUGACGAUCGACGUCGAGAGAUAUCCGAAAAUCAUGCUCGCGAAACCUCCCACCGCAAGCUCGUUCGUUCUCAGGGAAGGUCUUUCCGCGAAUGAGGCGUCCCAGCUACUUCCGACGACCGGUGACGAUGGCGCAAGUGUUCAGACAGGUGGAGAUCUGACCGCUGUGAAGAAUGCACGCACGUAUCAAGUCGAAGACCAAGACGCACCGGGCGGCAAACGCGAUGUGGCAUUGGAAGAACUCGCCAAAGGUUAUGAGUACGGUCGAACGGCCGUGCACAUUUCGGAGAGCGAUCGCAACGUGACGACAUACGAAACGCUACAAGGCCUCGAUAUACUUGGCUUUAUAGCCCAAUCUCAGUACGAACACUACUUGGACAUGUCGCGAGCAAACCUCAUCGUUUCGCAAAAGCUCAACGACAAGGCUUCAAUGGCACUGUCAUCCUUCAUCCACGCUCUGUACGAACUCGAGUCAUAUGCCGUCGCACGACUGGUGAUCAAAGAGAACAAAGAGCCCAAGUUAGUCCUAUUGACACCUCACAUCGAACCCGACUUUGAGUGUCUUUAUGACGUCGAGCUUCCGUUUGCGGAAGACAUGCGAAGCUACAAAUUCCCACCGCUCGACCGCGUCCUCACGGUGAGUGGAAAGGAGGUCAAGGUGCACCGUACAUUGCCCAGCGACAAGCUCCUGGAUGCCAUGAGCGAUUACGUCGACAGCAUGGACCUCUCAACCUUUGGCAAAGAUGAAGAAGGCGCACCGACAGAAUACAUGCCUAUGGAUGAGACCUACAGCCCGAUGCUCCAUCGCAUCAACCAGGUAAUCAAGCACAGAGCAGUAUAUCCCGAGGCCGAUGCACCACCGCCCUUUGAGAUUCUAAUGAGAUAUUCUAAGCCGCCAUCGGAUCUCGUCGAAAAGUCACAGUCCAAGCUCGAUCGCCUCAUCCAGGCUGCUGAUGUCAAGAAGGUGCCACCUAAGGCUCGCGGGAAGCGCUACUAUAAGAAAGAAUCAUCCAAACCUCUGUCCAACCUCGAUGUCGGGGCGCUACUCGCACAGGAUUCCGGUCGCACGCGUCGAAAGAUCGACCCGAAGAAUGCUGUCGCCGAAUUCAAGCAAUUCCUCGCCGGCGCCGACAAGAUUGAAGACCUCCACGACGCCUGCAAACAGAUGGAAUAUAUCAUCUUCGACUGGAUCCGGAAUUCCGUCGGUGAUUUGAACUACGGCCGGGCUGUGGAAGCCAUCAGAAUCAUGAGAGAGGAAAUGAACGAACUGGAGGAGCCGGGCCCGUACAACGACUUUCUACGGGAGUUGAAGGCGAAAGUCUUGGGCGGAGAGCUGGGAGGCGAUCGGAAGGAGAUGUGGUAUCGCAUCCGCAUCAGCAAGUUGACCCUUAUUUUGAAGGGAGAGUGUGCGGGCAGCGAGGUGACCGAGGAAGAGUCCAAGCGGUUCAUGAUCCCGCAACUCACACGGUGAUGGUUUAAUGAUGCUACGAUGUAUGACACUGUACGAUUUAUGAAGAAAAGCGCAGGAUUGUCCCAAUUAAUCGCUGUGAUAUGAAGAGCGUUCACCAGGUUUUAUGAGCCAACAUAAUAUAGACUCGCUCGCCUCGCUCGACCCGGUCUGAAUGAAAGUGG